AAUGGUUCCUUCUUCUAAACCCUAGCCAUUCCCAGCCCUAGUUGCGUUGCUCCUGUGUUCGCUGAUACACGUUGCUCCUUCUCUUCUUCUUCCCUCACUCGCUCUUCGAUUUCAGCGCGAAAAUUGGCAUCUCUCUCAUUGAAAUCUUCUGUUAAGGGAACUAUUGGAUAUCAGUGAUAUGCAUCUAUCUCAAGUCAAGCUGAACUAAAUUGAAUCCACUCUGAUCAUCAUGGCUGGAUUGUUGCUUGGUGAUACCUCUCAUGAUGGAACACAUCAAAGUGGUUCACAAGGAUGCUCUCAGGAGAAUGGUUCUCGAUGGUACCUUUCUAGGAAAGAGAUCGAAGAAAACUCACCUUCCAAACAAGAUGGUGUAGAUUUGAAGAAAGAAGCUUACCUACGCAAAUCAUACUGUACAUAUCUACAAGAUUUAGGCAUGAGACUUAAAGUACCUCAGGUAACUAUUGCCUCUGCAAUAAUCUUUUGUCAUCGGUUCUUUCUUCGGCAAUCCCAUGCAAAGAAUGACAGGAGGAUCAUUGCUACAUCGUGCAUGUUUCUUGCUGGGAAGGUUGAAGAAACUCCUCGCCCUCUAAAAGACGUUAUUCUUGUUUCAUAUGAAAUUAUACACAAGAAGGAUCCUGCAGCUGUUCAGAGAAUCAAACAGAAGGAAGUGUAUGAACAGCAGAAAGAAUUAAUUUUACUUGGAGAGAGGGUUGUUCUUGCAACUCUUGGUUUUGAUUUUCAUGUGCAACAUCCUUACAAACCUCUUGUUGAGGCAAUAAAGAAACUCAAAGUUUCUCAAAAUGCUCUUGCUCAAGUUGCAUGGAAUUUUGUUAAUGAUGGACUUCGGACAUCUCUUUGCCUGCAGUUUAAACCCCAGCACAUUGCAGCCGGAGCCAUAUUCCUUGCUGCAAAGUUCCUCAAUGUGAAGCUCGAGAAGCUUUGGUGGCAAGUGUUUGAUGUCACACUCACUGCCCACCAGUUGGAGGAAGUUAGUAAUCAAAUGCUGGAGCUAUAUGAACAAAAUCAAAUAGCGCCAUCAAAUGAUGUUGAAGGAACUGCAGGAGGUGGCAACAGGGCAACGCCAAAAGCAUCAACUAGCAAUGAUGAAGCUGCAACCACAAACAACAAUUUGUAUAUCCGAGGUCCAAGUCCAAGACUUGAAGCAUCAAAACUCGCAAUAUCCAAAAAUGUUGUAUCAUCUGCAAAUCAUGUUGGCCCUGUAUCAAAUCACGGCACAAAUGGAAGCACAGAAAUGAUACACUUGGUGGAAGGUGAUGCCAAGGGAAAUCAACAUCCUGAGCAGGAACCUCCACCACAUAAGGAAAACUUGCAGGAAGCUCAAGACACGGUGAGAUCUCGAUCAGGUUAUAGUGAGGAGCCUGAAAUCAACAUUGGGAGAAGCAACAUGAAGGAAGAUGUUGAAUUGAAUGAUAAACAUAGCAGCAAGAACCUAAACCAUAGAGAUGGUACAUUUGCCCCGCCGAGUCUUGAAGCCAUUAAAAAAAUCGAUAGGGACAAGGUAAAAGCUGCAUUAGAGAAACGAAAGAAAGCAGUUGGUAAUAUCACUAAGAAAACGGAGCUAAUGGAUGAUGAGGAUCUGUUUGAGAGGGUUAGGGAACUCGAAGAUGGAAUUGAAUUGGCUGCUCAGAGUGAGAAGAAUAAACAGGAUGAUGAGGAUCUGAUUGAGAGGGUUAGGGAACUCGAAGAUGGAAUUGAAUUGGCUGCUCAGAGUGAGAAGAAUAAACAGGACGGACAGAAAAGCUUGUCUAAGCCCGUAGACAGAUCAGCUUUUGAGAAUAUGCAGCAGGGAAAACAUCAAGAUCAUUCAGAAGAGCAUCUCCAUUUGGUGAAGCCAUCACAUGAAACAGAUUUAAGUGCUGUAGAAGAAGGGGAGGUGUCUGCACUUGAUGACAUUGACCUGGGACGCAAGUCAAGCAACCACAAGAGGAAAGCAGAGAGCUCCCCUGAUAAAUUUGCGGAGGGGAAAAAGCGGCAUAAUUAUAGUUUUGGAUCUACCCACCAUAAUCGCAUUGAUUAUAUAGAAGAUCAAAACAAUGUCAACCUGCUGGGACAUGCUGAGAGGGACAGCAAAAGGCCUGUACAGGAAAACCAUAUUUGAUGCAGUGUUUCAUUGUUUGUUUUUUUGGUUCUGUGGAUUUACCAUGUAGAAUUGCGCUUUUGAAAGCUACUAUUUGUAGCUUCAACUUUAGUGACUUGCGCGACCACUGUGUUUCCAAAUACACUGUUAGUGUGGCUGAGACUGACUCAGAUAUUGUUUUCAAGUCUUGUCUGGACAUACACAUGCUUCUCAGAAAAGAUCCUGGAAUGCUCUCAACUCUAAUAAUCCAACUUCCUUAGCUGCCACCAAAUCCCCCUGGGCAUGAGAGUUUGACUAGAUAGAAGGUAAUUUGAACUAAUUUAGUUCGGUUAGUAGGAUCAGUUCCAUUUCAUGGAUAUAUGUGAAUACUAGUGUCGUGGAAAGUGAUCAGGUUUUGGUUAAAUUAUGGAUGGACUUAUAAUAGAAGGUCAUUCUAGAGUUCAUUGGUCUUGAAGCUUGAAAAUUCAACUUUUUAUUAGAAUGAUGAUGGAAACAAUGAUCGAACUCUCGAUCACUAGUCAUAAAGGUUUUGAUACUAUGUAAUGAACAAUUGUUCCAAAAGCUUAUGUCAUGAGUGCAGAUA